GUCCACCAAGUUUGCAAAGGCAGCAACACGGCGUCAUGAAGUUCUCUACAGUGUCCGCGCUGCCCACGCUGGUCCUCUUGACAGCUCUGUCUACGGCGACUCUUGCUGCCAGUGCAACCGAUAACCCUACAUCAUCCCUCCUGACUCUUCUCGCCGGAAAAGUCACCAAUCUCGAUGCCGCCAUCUCCUCCUACACCAGGGACGCCGACCUUUCGUCCAUCCAGUCUGCAUCCAAUGCCCUCAUUAUAACCCUCGACCGCGGCCUGCGGGGCAUCUCAUCAGGGCCGGAUCUCACCACUGCUGAGACCAAGGCUCUCGCCCCGCAGUUCGAGGCUCUCACCACCUCGCUCAAAACGACCCUCUCAGAUCUUGUCGAGAAGAAACCGCUCUUUGAUCGCACCGAGUCCACCAUCUGCGAAAGCGACAGUAUCUCCAUCAAGAAGGCCCUGCACAACCAGCACGCCGUCUGGGACAAACUGUUCACUCUCCUUUCGUCCAAGGCCCCUGAGACAGAAUCUACGCGCGUCGCUGGGUUCUCGGGGGGCAUCCUUGCCACAAUACAGGAGGGACUGGAUCCGUUUGUUGAGGCCACGAGGGGUUGCCCGCAGGAUACUGCACUUGCUCCUGCUCCCCCUGCUCGCAUCGAACUCCGCUCGUAUACGAGUGGGAACUCCUCGGCGCCUGGAAAUGGGACCUCGACCCUUGUUCCCGUGCCUGCUCCUACCCAGACGACAGGUACUGAGCCUCCGGCUUUUACGGGUGCGGCUGCUGGUAUAGUUGCUAAUGGAGGAGGAAUAAGGAUGGUUGGGCUGGGUGUUUUUACAGCUUUGGUGGCAGUUGCUCUUUAGAUGGAUCGCGAGCUAUUGUCAAUACGGGGAUGGCCAUUGGACAUAGUACU